UGCAGAGCCCCCCAUGCAGUGUGGGGCAGUGGGGGGGCAGCAGGGAUCGUCCCCCAGCUUGGCAGCACUUGGAUGCCUCUGAGUCCUUUGAAAAACUCUUCAAUGCCACAUCUGAGCUGCACAAGGAUGACCAGGCUGUGGCAGCAACUGUCCUGCUAGCGAAGAUGGAGUCAUUCAUUGUGAGAGCAGCUUUGCAGAACCCACAGAACCUCUCCCAGAAUUUCAUGUCCCCGACCAUGGAUGUUGCUGUCCAACUCAUUACAAAUGGCUGUCUGGAAAGAAAAACAAUCGAACUGAAAGUUAAAGAGGACACCAUGAGCAUUGACUGCCAGAUGGUUGUAGGAGCCAUCACACCAGGGUCUGGAGUUGUGGCUUUCAUAGAAUAUACCGCCCUCGAAUCCUUGUUGGGAUCCACUGACAAGAGUGAGAUCAUGGUUGAUGACAACAUUGAUGACAUUCGCUUGAAUUCCGCGGUGGUUAGCGGGACUGUUGGGAAACCCAGAAACCUCUCCAAGCCUUUCAACUUCAUCUUGAAACACAAACAAGAAAAGGAAGAAGGAGUGAAGACUUUCUGUGUUUACUGGAAACAUGUAGACCAAAAAAGUAUCUGGUCUACGGAAGGUUGCACUGUUUCUUCUGUGAACAGGACACAUACCACCUGCACAUGCAACCAUCUCACCACCUUUGGCAUCUUGAUGGGUUCGACGACUGGCAAGAAUAGUUAUACCAUGAUCAUGCUCACCUACGUGGGGCUGAGCAUCUCCCUGCUGUGCCUCUUCCUGGCCAUCCUCACCUUCCUCCUGUGCCAUUCGUUGUGGUCCAUCACUACUGCCAUCCACCUGCAGCUCUGCAUCUGCCUCUUUGUAGCUGAACUGAUCUUCCUCACCAUGGUGCGUCACUUUACCAACAAGACAGUAUGUGCUAUCAUCGCUGGCUUCCUCCACUACUUCUUCCUGGCUGCCUUCACCUGGAUGUUCUUGGAGGGGCUGCAGCUCAUCCUCACCGUCAGGAACCUGAAAGUUGUAAACUACACCAGUGCCCGGAAGUUCAAGAAGCGAUACAUGUACCCAUUUGGCUAUGGGCUCCCAGCCUUGAUUGUAGCUAUUUCAGUGGCAGCCAACCCAGCAGGCUAUGGCACUUCUGAGCAUUGCUGGCUCUCAGAACAGGGAGGUUUUAUCUGGUGUUUCAUUGGACCAGUCUGUUUUAUCAUCUUGGUAAACUUAAUAUUUUUUCUUACACCCCUCUGGAUCCUGAGGGACAAGCUCUCUUCUCUCAACACAGAUGUCACCACCAUCAAAGACACCAGGUUACUGACAUUUAAAGCGAUUGCCCAGCUCUUUAUCUUGGGCUGCACUUGGAGUUUGGGUCUCUUUCAAACAAAGCAUGGAAUCAUGGAAUAUUUAUUCACCAUCAGCAGCAGCCUUCAGGGAGCCUUUAUCUUCCUGGUGCACUGUGUCCUCAAUCGCCAGGUGAGAGAGCAGUAUAAGAGAUGGUUUAGAAGGACUGGAAUAGUUGGCAACAAAUCUCAGCCUUAUGAGCUGUCUACAUCAAUGACCCCCAUCACCAUCAGGAUGGAACACAAAAAGUCAUCUGGCAAAAGUGAAGAGAAUUGUGUGUGGGAAAAAUAACAGCUUGCUCCAUUGCUAACACCAGAUGAUUGUUCCUUUGCAUGGAAGAGGAAUCUCUCAACCUCCUUGAGUCUCUGGCUGCUGCUCUGUGGCGAGGAUUGAGGGAAUACAUUUUAUUUCACCCCAGUAUUUGCCAUCUCUAUUCUCAAGACUUGGAUGAUUGUCUGAUUCUGUCCCAACUGAAGCUGACAAAAGAGUUUCUAUGAAAAAGUUUCUCUAUGAAGCUCUCAAGACUGUCUAUAGGGCUUCCCUCAACUGAGCUGGGUAAACAGAUGCUAGCUCAGCUGUUGAGACUGAUUUGCAGCUCUUCCAUGAAGCUAUAGUUCUUUGCAAACCUAGUGCGCCAUGGCUGGUAUAAGUUUUUGUUUGAGCGCGUUCAGGCUCCAGUACUGGCUAAUGGAGAAAUGGACUCCACGAUGAUGAUUUGAACACAUUCACAGCAGAAGAAAUGGCAUUUACCUUUGGGCAAAGGUGGGUGGAACAAGAAUGCAAACCUCAGCCCAAUGUGCCAGUGUCAUUAUAGGCUCGCCAACUCAUAACAACAACUGAAUGAUGACUAAAAUGCAAGCAUUUGAAACCAGCCCCUGGUGCUCAGAAGCCACUUGAUCCCCAGGGUAUGAGUGAGAAGGAAAUGUGAGGUCAUCUUCCCAUAUUUACUGUUUAAAAUGAGUAAAUUCAGUAAUUGCCAUAAACGACAUCUUAGGCAUUUCAGUAGAUGCCUCAUAUAUUUCAUUUUUUAAAGAAACAUUUCUCAGCAGAAGACAACAGAUAGUAUGGAGUAGUUAGCAAGAUUGUCAUAAGUGAUCAUCAUGUGUCCUCUUUCAAGGCUAAUAAAUGCAAUGCUAUUUGUGUUCUAAAAAGGAAAGGAAAUCCCAGGAGUGUGGUUUAUAGAAUGGUUUUUUUGGUCCUUUGUUUCCUCCUGUGCUGAGUAUUUGAUUAAAUAAUAUUGCCAGUUUGCCUGAAAUUGCUUGAAACUUGACCUGGCAUCUUUGUUAAACCUGGAGGCAUCAAUUUUCUCAGCACUGUAACAUGCUAGCUCCUAUACAACAGUGUGCUAUAUAACUGUAUAUCCUUUUUUGUUUAA